UCUAACCAAAACUACCCAUUUCUCAACUUGCACGCAUUAGCCCUAGAAUAAGUAUGCUUCAUCUCCAGAGUCCUGCUCUGUUUCUUUUUCAUACUCUUGUGAAGUGGGAGUAGACAAUGCAAAAGUCUGUUUGGCUUUUUGUAUGGCACCCCCAGGGUUUGUCCUUCCUCCCACAGCACAGCAACACAAGGAUCCAUGUUCCUCUGGUUCAGUGCCACUUCUGCCCAAGGUUUCAGACCCUGCAUGACUCAGCACCAGGCCCAUGAGUCACAGAUGUAUGUGUGGCAUUGGUUUCCCCAUGGGGGACCUCUGUCCCACCCCACGCACCACUGACAAGGCACCAGCAGCAGAUCCACGCAGGGCUGGGCCUGCUCGAAGAGGGCAGGAUUUCUCAGCCUUUCUCCUUGUCCAUAAAGCCAACACCAUCCUUUUGAACUCUCUAGCCAUGUGGAGUGCAUAUGUGUCCUGGCCUGGAGCGGCAGGGAGGGGUGACUGCCACCAUGCUCUUUCACUCUGAAUCCUGUGGUACAGAAUUAAAGAAAGGAUCCAAACUGUUGUGGGCCAAUCCUUGUUGGGGACUGAAAUUGGCAAUGAACUUCCUCGGUUCGUGAGGCAGUGGUAUACAGAUACAGAAGGACACAUUUCAGCAUGUGUGCUGUGGGCACUUCUGGGCUAUUUUUGUUUUGUGAUUGUUCAGCUGUUCUCAGGUUCCUUCUUCCUCUCUUCUUGCCAACUAAACUCCACAACACAGCUCUCUCACACCCCCUGCUGAAAGCAAGAUGUGCGCACAGAAUGUGAUUUAAGCUAAAGGGCUUACAAGUGUAGAUAGGUAUAAUAUAAUUAAAUGAAAAAGAAAGAAAAAUUAUAAAACUAAAGAGUGAAGGGUAUUUGGAAACAAAUUGAGAGAAAAUUAUACUCCACUUCCCAUCAGCAAGUGAUGUUCGUCGAAGUCUUUGGAAGCACUGACUCAGUAUGCCCACCCCUGGUUUUCAUUCCCCUUUCACAUCUUUACUGCUGAGUGUGACAUCAUCCAGUACGGAACAUCCCUUUGGUUGGUUUAGGUCAGCGGCCCUGGUGAUGUCCGCUCCCAACCUCGUGCCCACCCCCCACCUCCUGCCUUUUGGGGCUUGGAGAGAGUCUUGAUGCUGUGUCACCACUGCUCCACUAUAGCCCCAAUGUUGGUGUGAUGGCAAUGCUGUUCUUGCUCCAAGUGCAGAGCACAGCACUCUAGGGACUGCUGUGGGGAAUGCUGAGUCUGUCCCAGGCAGCCCCAGUACAGGCAAGUACCCACAAGGGAGGAACAUGUGCAUGAACGUGACACAGUGUGCAGCAAAGAUUCUGGACAGCAUUUGGUCCAAGUACAUAGUUUGACGUGGUAGAGAGGGGAGGUGGACUGGGAGCCUUGCAGAAGGAACCGGAGCCAGGGCUCUUGACAAGAUAAUGAAAGCUUUCUUGGGCCUUGCACUUAAUGCCUGAGAAUUCCAUUUGUUAGGCUGAGUAGCAGUGGUAAGGAAAGUGCUGGAGUGCCCCGACUGAUCACUGGUGGGUGUCAUGACAGAAAUAAGCUUGCAUCAUGUAAGGAGAAGGUGGAUGAUUUUAUUUAUUUUUUAAAACAAUAAAUGAAAGGCAUCAAGUUAUGGGAGUGAAAAAAGAAUUCCCUAUGGGCAAGAUCUGCAUUGUGUGUCUCGGGAAAAGACACAAAGUGUCUCUGUCCAAUGCUGGUAGAAGGCAGGAUCACCUGCAGAUGUAAGGUUUCCUUUCUGUGUACAUUCAUCUUGUUAUUCCUUCUAACUAAAUCAGACACUGUCCUGUUGGGCCUUUCUUUUGUGAUCCAGAAAGGGCCCUGCACAACCUCUCCCCCUUUACAGACAUCCCUGGGUCAGAGCAGGAGAAGGCAAAACAGGCCAGUAGGUUUUCCCUGAGGGCAGUGUCAGCAGGGUUAGGGUCACAGGCAGGAGCUGGGUCACCUGUAAUCAAAAGAGCCCCAGAGAGUCCCUAGGGAGUCACCCUGACUGAAAACAUUUGCCUUUACUGGACUCUUCCAGCACUUGAGCAGUCUUCUGCCCACACUGAAAUGUGUUUCCGGGAAAUACUUGGGCCUCCCUACCUGCCACUCAGGAGUUGCCUUCUUUGGGGAAAGGGCAUAAAGCAGGAAAUGAAAAGCAGCAUCACAGGAAGGCAACACACAUCCUGUAUUAUUAGCAGGGAUGUUUUGCAUUCAAGAGCAGCUUGUCAGAAAAUAGUCCCUGCUUCAAGGGAUGCCUCUGGACAUGGGGCAGCUAAGGCCCACUAUAAAAGCCAGCCCAGCUCCGUGCUCUCUCAUCCACUUCUCUGGCCUUCUUCUUGUUGGGAACCAGGUGAACCUCCUGCCCCCAGACAUGUCCUGCUACGACCAGUGCCGGCCAUGCCAGCCCUGUGGCCCAACGCCGCUGGCCAGUAGCUGCAACGAGCCCUGCGUCAGGCAGUGCCAGAACUCCACCAUUGUCAUUGAGCCCUCUCCCGUGGUGGUGACCCUGCCUGGCCCCAUCCUCAGCUCCUUCCCGCAGAACACCGUUGUGGGAUCCUCCACCUCUGCUGCCGUUGGCAGCAUCCUCAGCUGUGACGGCGUCCCCAUCAACUCCGGGUGCUGUGACCUCUCCUGCAUUACCAGCCGCUACUGUGGCAGCAGGUGCCGCCCCUGCUAAAGAUGCCAGACAGUGCCCCAGACCAGGACCCCAGGAACUCAGAACAUGCUGCUGGACAAAAAUGGAUGGAAGAAGAGACCUCAUGUUGUUGUUCUGAGAGGACCUGACCAUCUCUGUCUUGUCCUGUAAAGACAGACAGGAAGGGGCCAGCCCGGAGUCUAUGACAACAUGGCCAAUGUCUACCUAACCUGUUUUCCACACGCUCUUUUUCUUUCCUUGCUUUCUUGCCCUCUGCUUUGCAUGAGGCCCUCAGAAACCAGCCUGGAGAGACCUGCUAGCUCCUCUCCCCAUGUGAGCCAGGUAGAUUGAUUCCCUGUUGCAAGUCUGCCAUUGGAAAAGCUGAACAGAUUUUUGUCUGCUCCUGCUGUGCUAUGAUCUCAGGGCCUCCUCUUGGAGUCACGUCCUUUUCCCCCUGAGCCUUGAUAAACAUUUGCAGCAAC